AUGGACGUGGUUAUAUUUAAUCUAAUAGGUGAUAUACCUCUAGUGACGAAGACUUGGGUGCUCGGAUCGUUUGCCCUUUCUGUACUGAUAAGUACAAAGUUAAUCGAUUCUACAAAAUUAUUAUACAACUAUGACUUAGUCUUUCAGAGAGGCCAAUACCAGCGAAUAUUCUAUUCCAUAUUCAAUUAUGGUGAAUUGAAUCUAGUGUCGAUAGUGAACAUUUUUAUCAGUGCUAAUCAUUUAAGUUUACUAGAGAAUUCAAUUAAUAAUAAGAGAAAGUUUAUAUGGAUGAUAUUUCUUAUGUUAAACAUAAUAUUGGUAAUGACAGCCUAUGUACAGCCAGUUUCAUCAUUGGGUGUGGUUUUGCAUGAAAAUUUGGUUUAUUUUCAACUGAAGAAGAACAGUCAACAAAUGAAUUUUGUAUUAAUUGGUGGCAUCAAUAUUUCACCAACAAUAAUUCCGAUCUACAUGUAUUCAGUGAUGUAUUUCGUCUAUCAGAGAAGUCUGUUAGAGAUAUCGAUGAAUUUUUUGGCAGGUCACACGAUUUAUUAUCUAGAUGACGUAAUGUCCAAGAUAUACGAUAUUGAUUUUUGUAAGACACCGUACGAUAUAUGGUUAGAUUACACUAAAACAAACAGCGAUACUGAGGAGGAAGUAUUUGUGGGUCAAGAAGCUGAGAUUCACAUGGAGAUGGAUCAAGAGGAACUUGAAAUUCAUGAAGCCACUGAUGAGGACGAUAUAUAA